AUGAUGGACGAAGACAUCCGCGCUAGCUCAAUGCAUGCCUCGAUAACGCAGUCGACUAGUCCCCGCGACAUGGUCUCGCCCGGGGUGGCGCCGGACGGCGAUGGUGUCGCCACGCAGAGUCAGACGGUCGGCCAAUCCGUUCAGCGUGCGAGGGCCUGCGACUCGUGCCGUGGGCUGAAGGUGCGCUGCAUCGGCAACAACUCACACGGGCCGUGCCUCCGAUGCCGAAAAGCAACAAGAGUAUGCGUCACAACCGUCCCCCCGGCUGGCUCUAGGAAGGUGAGGAAGAAGACGGUGAGCAGGGUCACGGAGCUGGAGAAGAAGAUUGAUCUCUUGACGGCCAGUCUGCGCGCCGGGCGCGACCUUACUGCGACAGAGCUUCGCGAGACGAGGCCUACGCUCUUUCUCGCCGUUGCAACGGCCGCGUCGACGGAUACACCGGAGCUGCAGCGGUUGCUCUCGCGCGAACUCACCAGAGUGUUCGCCGAGAAGAUUAUGAUCCGCGCAGAGAAGAGCCUCGAGCUCGUCCAAGCUCUGCAGAUUACAGUCACCUGGUACUGGUUGCCUGAUGAAUACGACCAAGUGCAUAUCUACUAUUUGGCGACAACCUCCAUCUCAAUGGCCAUCGACAUUGGAUUGGGCGGUUGUACACCCUCGAAGCCGACAGUCCCAUACGGGGCAUAUGCAUUCAGCCGCGCAACACAACUCAGCGCAAUAGACCCGACGGCGCUCGAUGCCCGCAGAACCUGGCUGGUGUGUUAUUUCAUGGCAUCCAGCAUGGCCUAUGCCAUGAAGCGGCCGCUUCUCUUGCGUUGGACAAGAGCAAUGACCGAGAGCCUUGAGGUACUUCGUACAUCGCCCGAAAGGCACGACACGGAUGAAUAUCUUUGUGCGGUCGUGUGGGCGAGCCGUCUUGCCGAAGAUAUUGACCAGUACUGCGGCUUGCCGGAUGACCCUGAUGAGACCUUCAGGGCACCGCAGACCCUGUAUUACCUCAGGAAACUCGAACAAGAUCUGUGCACCUUCAGGGACUCGCUGCCAAAGGGCAUGGACCAAGGAAGUCUCCGAAUGGUCUUCAGCGCCAUUCCGCUUACUGUUUACAACAAUGUGCUCCGGCUUCAGCCCCCUGAGGAAAGGCAACACAAGGCAAACGUCGCCGCCAUACCAUCAAGAGCGCACCGUAGUGUCGUCAUGGCUGAUUCCGCCUUCAUGACCAUGGCCAACACAGACGCCAUUUCAAGUUGCAUGUCGCACGUCGACAUUGUUUUGGGCGCAUUUCUGUCCCUGAGCCCCGAGGCCGUUCGAAACCUCCCGACCUUUGGCAUCAUGCGCGCUGUCAGAGCAGCGAGCAUGCUCGUCAGAUUACAUCUCACUCUCGUUGAUGAUCCGCAGCUCCUGAGCCCGUUCAGGAGGGAAGACCUCCGAGCCGGGCCCUGCAUCGACGAGCUGCAGCGCCAUUUCCGCGCCGCCGCGGAAGGGAACCGAUGCAGGACCGCCGCCAAGUUCAUUGUCGUGCUCGCCAUGCUGAAGGACUGCAUGGGGAGCAAUCGCGGCGGCCAUGGACCCGCGGCGCGGUCAGACCAAGGACAAGAGCAGCAGUCGCUCGAGACGCCGCUGCACCUUCUUUCGCACGCCGCUGCCGCCGCAACGGCGACGGGAUCAGCGCAACAAGGGCCCGGGAUCGGCGGCCACGCUGAACGGCUCACGUUUCCUGAUCCGAGCGGCCAGCCCUCUUCGGUUGCGCCCUCUGUCUGGCAAGAUUUCUCCAGCGGCGCGCAGGCCCUGUCCCUACCUGGUCCGCUGGCUUUCGAUACAGAUCAGUUUAUAGCGCUCUACGAUCAGGACCUCGCCUUCUCGCUCGGUCUGGACUACAUGUACAGCGGCAACGGCAUGCCCCUCUACGCCGGAGAGGCGAGUACCGGGUUUGAUGGGACCCCGGCACAGACUCAUGAUAUGAACAGCUAG